CCGAACGCCGUGUGGCCCAAAACACCCCCCCAACCACCUCGCCCGGAUCCUCGCUCCGGAUCUACCGGUUUGACACCGCUGCACCGAGUCGCGGCGGUGGACGAAGAGAGGCUCCAGGCUCCCGUUUCAGCGGGCGAAAGAAACAAGGGCUGACUUGGAGAGUUGUCUUCUUUUUGGGGAUGUCCUGGAUGUUCUUUGCUUUGUUUGAUGUGAAGUGGGUCCAUUGUUUUGGGGGGAGAGUUCAGGGAUCUCCCAAAGCUGAGAGUAAGAAAGGAACUUGGUACAUCUUUGUACGUCCUGAAGGAAUGACCAGGUUUUUUGCAAAGAAAAGGACAACAGCAACGCUGAUCUCACAUACAGAGUCCUUUCCAUGAUAUGGGGAUUGGAUGGGAUUGGUCAAGACCUGGAGCCCGAACACCGAAUCACAUCUUCGACGCCAUCUGUAUAGACCGUGCUUUUGCGCCGCUUGAAGCCGGUUCAGCUGGGGAAGCCACGGCGCUCACAUGUCGCGCAAAGCGAAAGUGGCGCCCAGCGAGAAAGAGAGCUGGGACCGACCACGCUAUUUUGUGUUUAGCAGGGGCUAUGGCCCACCGAAAGCCAACCUGAUUGGAGCGUCCCCGGAGAAAGGGGAGAUUCUUGUGCUGCUCCAUCUUCCCGAAAAGUCAGAGAUCACUGAAGACAAGCUCCAAGCAUGCAAAGAAGUGCUGGCGCAGAUGAAGCAACUCUUUGGAAGAAGCGGCACCUCCGUGCCACGUGCUGUCAUUUUGCUGGACUUGUAUCCCACCUGCGCUGGCAUGUCCGAAUCCAUUGCCAAAGUGCUGGACGAUGAAGGCGCAGCUGAGAAGCUCCAGAAAGGCAUCGCCACCAAAGCCGCGCGGGCCCUGGAGCGGCUUUGUUUACAUGGCGCCACCUUAGUCGCCCCAGAGGGAACCGCACAGCUGGCCUUGAAGUUACUGUGUAGUUCUCGUUUGCUCCCUGGUGCCGUGCAGCGCUUAGUCUUGAUUCAUCCACGCCUGCCCGCGUCCUGUGUGAACCACACGCUCACCGUGAAGUCGCAGCUCUCCGAAAGCCUCCAGGUGAUCUUCGACUCCGAACUCACACAGCAGAAGCGCCUCGUCGCCCUGCAGGGCGCCUUCCGCGCCGUGACGCACGCCGUCUGCGAGGACCUCACCACCGCCCUGGCGCGCGGCCUGGGCGGAGGCGAGGAGGUGAAGGAAGACGGCGCGGUGAACGAGGAGCUGGGAGAAGUGAUGUUUGUGAGUCAAUUGACCAUUGAGGUGGAUCCCCGAAGCAAACAGCUCAGGGCUGACUUGGAAGAUAUCACUUCAAUGGUGGAUUUGGAUGAGACGCCAGUGGAAAACGCUCCAGAGGAUGUAACUGCCCAAGCGAACGAAGUGGCGGCCUUCGUUGUUCGUGGCAAUCGCUGCAUUCUGAUCAGGAGCUUGGGCAGCCCACCACAAUGGCAGGGCACGCGCAUUCCCUCCAUCGAAGCUGGGGCAGAUGAGGAAGUGAUACGGACAGCCUUCCGCUCUGUGGAAGAGUUCUGUGAGGUAGAAGGCUCGGAGAUAGAUCAACUUCCAGUGCCUCCUAUAGCUCUUUACGGAAGCCAUGGCAACCGUAUAGACAUGAUUUGCUUCAGAGCUGUCCAUCCACCAGCAGGUCCUUUGGAGGAGUACGACGUUUCAGACCACGAGGAUCUCUAUGAUUGGUACACUUGGCCCAGAGCUCUGCAUGCUUUGAGCCAGCGACCUAAUGAGGUCCGCGCUCUGCACACUGCGGCGUUGGUCUUGGCCAAUGCAGCGGCGGCAGGUGUCCUUCCCAUCGAGCAUGGGGGCGUGUUUGGACAGGAGUGGACCGAGAGCAUCUUGAGCCUUCCGAGCAUGAAGCCGCCUGAGGCGGACUUCAAGAGCGCCAUCGAGCUGUCCACGCUGUCCACGCCUACUCGAAAGCUUCCGGUGACGGUGCUUUCAGGCUUCCUGGGCGCGGGCAAAUCCACCUUGCUGCACCAUUUGCUGGGAAACCGCGAGGGUUUAAAGAUCGCUGUCAUCGUAAAUGACAUGGCCUCGGUGAACGUGGACGCCAUACAGCUGGAUGGAGCCAAGUUGCUCCGUCAAGACGAGCAGAUGAUUGAACUCUCCAAUGGUUGCAUUUGCUGCACCCUCCGUGAGGAUCUACUGCUUGGAUUGAGAUCGUUGGCCAAAGAGGAGCAGUUCGACUAUGCCCUGGUGGAAUCCUCCGGCAUUUCCGAACCGCUGCCCGUGGCCGAGACCUUCACCUUCGAAGACAACGGGACCUCCCUGAGCCAGGUGGCGCAGCUGCAGAACCUCGUCACCGUGGUGGAUUGCUCUACCUUUUUGAAGGAGAUGUCUAGCCAAGAGGCCUUGAGCGACCGCCAGUGGCAGGCGGAUGAGGAGGAUCAGCGAGGGAUUGCUGGAUUGCUCUUCGACCAAGUGGAGUUUGCAGACAUGAUUUUGCUGAACAAAGUAGAUCUCGUGUCGCCGGCGGACCUGGCAAAGAUUCGGGCCUUGAUCGGCAAGAUCAACCAGGAGGCUGAGAUCAUGGAGACCAACUUCUGCAAGCUUGCUCCGCGCAGCAUCUUCGAGGUGGCCAGGUUCAACCUCCCCAGUGCCGAAGCCAAUCCGAAAUGGCUGGCGGAAGCGCGGCACGCCGAGCACGUGCCCGAGUCCGUGCAGUACGGCAUCAACUCCUUCAUCUUCCGCAGCCGGCGACCCUUCCAUCCCCAACGGCUCUAUGGGGCGAUGGAGAACAAGACACGAGGCGACGGAGAUGGAGCACUGGAGCAGGUGGUGCGGAUGAAGGGGAUUGUUUGGUUGGCUUGUCACAAUGAUACGCAGUUGACGGCCUCUUUCGCAGGUUGUAAGUUCAACGUCGCUUUGGGCCCUCUCUGGUGGGCUGUGGUGCCCCGUGAAGAAUGGCCAGAAGGGCUGGAGGGUGAAAUCAAGCCCUUGUGGGACGAGAAAGUGGGCGAUCGGCAGAAUGAGAUUGUUUGCAUUGGAAUUCACAUGGAUCAAACUGCUGUGAUGGCAGCACUGGAAGAGUGCCUCCUCACAGCAGAAGAGUUGGCACUGGGGCCCGACCAGUGGUCCCAGUGGGAGGAUCCGUGGAAUUGCGUCGAAGAUCUGGAUGAGAUGGAGAACACAGAGACACACCAUCAUGGGCACAGCCAUGGCGGUGGGUAAGUGUCUAACACAUCACAUGGAAACGGAACAUGGCCACUGGGAAGACCAG